CUGUAUUGGGUUGUUUGUUACUUUGUUGCUGGCACACACCCACCCUAUUUUAAGAAACCAAAAAAAAAAACAAUUUUAGAGUAGAUUUGCAGUCACAUGCACAUAUAUCUGCAUCUCCAAUAAAUCAGGGGUUGCCUCAUGCUAGGAUCUCGCCAGAGAGAAUCAAACAAGGUAUCACAGAAGAUUCUUGAUUCUUGUUAUUCUGAUGAACACACUACAAGUACAAGGUGAAUGACCAACUGGGUCUUCUUUAAAAGGGACCAAAUUAAGUGAGAUUAUUCAAAAGGUUGUGUGUGUGUGUGUGUGUGUGGUGUCUUGACUUUGUAUGCAGAGUGAGAUGGAGUUGUUUCCAAAGGUGCUUUGUGGGUGGAGUUGGGAAGAGAACAAGCUCUUUGAGCUGGCUUUGGCAGUGGUUGAUGAACAAGACCCAGAUCGAUGGGAAGUGGUUGCAUCCAUGAUUGGAGGGAAGAAGAGUGCUGAGGAUGUGAAGAAACAUUAUGUGAUUCUUCUUGAGGAUUUGCAGUGUAUAGAGUCUGGUCAAUUUGAUUAUCAAAUUGGAGAAGCUCAGUCUUGCACUCUUCAUUGGACUGAUGAAGAUCACAAUUUGCUGGGAGAGAACAUAAAUUGAUUGUCAAGGCAAUUGGCUAUUCAUCAUUCAAGGCAGAAAAAAGUCCUAUUUGGAAGCUUUGUGCCUUGUAAAAACAUGGGUAGUUGAACCAAAUCAUCCCUUGUUUGAUUCUUCGAAACCCACUUCAAGGAGAAAGUGAAACUAUUUAUAGAGUUCUGCUGCAUAUGGCUUUAUGUUGAACUGACCAUUGUUGAGAUUGUAUUGGACCUAAUCUGGAAAUUUGUAUUCAAUAAAAUCAAAGGUUCAGAUGUUACAUUUUAGGGAAUUCCUACAAUAAUUGCAUAUGAUGUAAUAAUUAUCAAACUUUCACUAACAGUAUUACAGUUGUGCAAUAGAAAACACUCACUUACCUAAAGCAGCCACGGAGAAAAAGAGA